UUGAAUUUUUAUUUUGCAGUUCGCACCCGGCUACCUAUAGUUGUUUUUGCUUUUUACACGGUCAGGCGCAUUAUCAAUUAUCAUAUUUUAUCGUUCUCCAUCGUCAUUAUAUCGUCAUUUUCCGCUUAAAAAUUGUAAAUCGUAAUACGCAAUGCCCAAAAUGAACGGUCGAUCGAAUUGUACAUGACAGUGUACGAUGUGGAAAUCGCCAAAUUAAUUCUUAGACGCGCCAAAAUAGUUUCGCAUAUGUGAUCGCCGCGCGCAGUUUGUCGAACCUUUCGUUCUCGCGAAGCUGUAUUAUAUAUUAUUUUUUAAUAUCGAGUGAUUAAGAGGUUCGCAAUGAAGGCAUCAAUAUGUAUUCUAUUUCUUGUGCUUUGCGGCACGGGAUUCAAUAAUGGCGAUACCAAAAUAGUUCUACUGAAUUCCUCCCAACCGAUUUCAGCUGACAACGAAGUCAAGAAUGUUACAAAUUCCUCAACUACCCCAGAAGUGUCGACGGUCGUGACCAAUGAGACGAGUACCAAUAUGACUGAAAAAUCAACAGUCGUCACACCCGGUGAGCCAGUAUUGCCAAAAAAAGGAUCGGCUGAAGAAGAACGCAACAGUUCAAUCGCCAUUUUCUUUGUGCUCAGCGUUCUUGCUCUAGGCAUACUGCUCAUUCAUCUCAUGUUGUCCACACAUUUUCAGUACCUACCUGAAAGUGUGGUAAUUGUGUUUCUCGGUGCUGUUAUUGGUCUCAUUAUUAAUCUCAUGUCUGAACAGCAUAUUGCUAAUUGGCGCAAUGAGGAAGCCUUCUCUCCAACAGCAUUUUUUCUUGUACUGUUACCACCAAUUAUAUUUGAAUCUGGUUACAAUUUACAUAAGGGAAACUUUUUUCAAAACAUCGGUUCUAUUCUAGUGUUUGCUAUUAUUGGCACCACUAUAUCAGCUUUAGUUAUUGGUGCUGGUAUCUAUGUCCUUGGCCUAGCUGAGAUAGCAUACAAAUUAAGUUUUGUUGAAAGCUUUGCGUUUGGAUCGUUAAUUUCAGCUGUUGACCCUGUAGCUACAGUAGCUAUUUUCCAUGCGUUGGAUGUAGAUCCUGUGUUGAAUAUGUUAGUAUUUGGAGAGAGUAUAUUGAAUGACGCAAUUGCCAUCGUAUUGACUACAUCAGUAUUACAGUCCAACGGACCAGCCAUGAGCACUUCUGAAGCUGUACUGACAGGCAUCAAGCAGUUCUGUUUGAUGUUUUUUGCUUCAGCUGGUAUUGGAGUAAUAUUUGCAUUAAUCAGUGCACUGUUAUUGAAAUAUGUAGACUUGAGGAAAACACCUUCAUUAGAAUUUGCUAUGAUGUUGGUGUUCACUUAUGCACCAUAUGUCUUGGCUGAAGGCAUUCAUUUAUCAGGAAUAAUGGCUAUUCUAUUUAAUGGAAUUGUCAUGUCACAUUACACUCAUUUCAAUUUGUCAACAGUCACACAAAUUACUAUGCAACAGACAAUGAGAACAUUGGCAUUUAUAGCAGAAACUUGUGUAUUUGCUUAUCUUGGACUAGCAUUAUUCAGUUUCAGAUUACACUUUGAACCAGCUUUAGUAAUUUGGAGUUUAAUUCUGUGUUUGAUUGGACGUGCUUGCAAUAUAUUCCCUUUGGCUUAUUUGUGCAAUAAAUUCAGAGAACAUCAAAUUACAAAAAAUAUGAUGUUUAUUAUGUGGUUUAGUGGUUUAAGAGGAGCUAUUUCAUAUGCAUUGUCAUUACAUUUAGAAUUCAGUAAUGAAACGAGACAUGUGAUAAUCACAACUACACUGUGCAUAAUUUUAGUCACAACUUUGUUGUUUGGUGGUUCAACAAUGCCACUAAUGAAGAUUUUGCAAUCAUCAAAAUCUGGGAGAAGCACUCGCCGUCGAAGAAAAGACAAAGCUAUAUCUCUUAGUAAAACAAAAGAAUGGGGGCAAGCAAUUGAUUCUGAACAUUUAUCAGAACUGACUGAAGAAGAAUUGGAAGUUAAUUUUAUCCAAUCAAGAAUCAGUGGAUUUGCUAAAAUGGACAUAAAAUACUUCAUACCAUUCUUCACCAGACGUUUUACACAAGAAGAAUUGAAAGAUUGUAAAACACAGAUGACCGAUUUAACUAAUCAAUGGUAUCAGGCAAUUCGUAUAUCACCAACUGCAUCAGAUGAUGAUAAGACUGCAAACAAUGGACAGCCCCAGACAUCUAGCCGCCAGUCUAGUUGACAAUUACAGCAACCACCAGUAGUGAGGCAAAGUAAUAAUUUGUUAAGUGACAUUCAGAGCUUGUCUGCAUCGAGUUUACCACAUACGACCAGCCAACCGCAAUAAUUUUAACAACUUUACUAUUCAAUGUACUUAAUAUAUACAACAAAUAUAAACAGAAUUUAUUUCAACUAUUCUGAUGGCUGGUUCACAAAUCUUUAAUGACCAUUGUGAAUUAUGACUCGGAAAAUUUGGUGUAAUUGAAAUGUACUUUAACACUUGAAGUCUGAAUAUAAACAACAAAUUUAAUUGCACAAAUUUAUACUGUUAAUGUUAUACUCUAGAAUUUUUAAAAAUAAGUGUGAUAGUCAUUAUAAUUUAUGUACUUUUGUGAAGUUCAUAACAUUCUAUUUAUUUUUUUGUUUUCGUAUAAAUAUUUAGUUUAUCUUAUAUUUAUAAUUAUUUCCAUAUGAUGAAAGUAACUGCCUUGAAAAUAAAAUAACUACAUGACAUAUAUAUUUUGAAAAAUGCUUGUGUAAGCCAUUUAAUAAUUAUUUUUGUAUAUCUAAUUACAUUAUAAUGAUGUAUAAAAUGAGCUUCAUAUAAUAAGCACACAAGUAUACUAUUCUAGUAAAUACUUGCUCUUGCAUUAAUACACAAACAUAAAAAUAUCAUAACUACUCUCCUGGGCUUCUGCUUGAAUGACAUGUAUAUUUUUUAUUGUUACGAUUAAUAAAAUAUAAAUACAUUAUUUAGGGUAUUUUCCUAAUUAUCGUAAUAUUAUGUAUGCGAGUAUGCAUGAUAUUUAUAAACUAUAAUAUGUUAUUGCAUUAUUUCAUUUUUUAGUAUUUACAGAUAUUUUUGCAAAUACUUUUUUUUUUCUGAGUAACUAAAACAAAUUCCUUGUUUUGACUUUUAAAGCAAAUUAAACAAAUUGGCAGUACUUUUACUCAUAUGUUACCUUUUUAUUUUAGUCUACUUUCAAUAUAAUGUAUUAAUAAUGUAUCAUAUUAUUUUGUUGAUAUAUUAUUCUAUUGUGAUAUAGAAUAAACAUUAUCAAAAAAAAAUGAUUUAUAUUUUUUGUUUUGUUGAAUUAUAUUUGUAAUGAUUAUGAAUUCUUAAGCUUAAACAGAUUACAGUAAGUUGUUGUAUACAUGCGUGAUUGUGAGUUUUAAGAUUAAUAUUAAUGCCAUUAAUAAUGUUAAUUUAUUAUUUACAUCAUAUUUGUGACAUAAUUAUGUGUAUUAUAAAAAUAUAGUUCAUCGUGAUUCCAGUGCCGUAGACAGGAAUGAUAUAUUUGGGGGGGGGGGGAUUAUCAUAAUAAUGACAUAUUAUAUAAUAAAUAAAAACAUUUAUAUACUUACCAUGUUGCAAGAACGGGUUUGAAUUCCUCCCCCCACCAAUGUCUACGGCUCAGCUUGGCUCUAUAGAUAAACAACAAUUUAAUUUAUGUACCGGUUAAUAAUAUAAUGAAAAAUAACAAAGCUUUCACAGUUAUAGAUGUAAUAUAGACUAUAGUGUCUACAAUCAUAAAAAAAUAAUGAUAUUGGUAUUGUAAAUAUUGUAUUUUAUAUAGACUUUAUUUAUCUGUGAUAUAUGAUAUGACUAAGUUAUUUUAUAUUAAUAACAAUAAUAAAUCUACAAGUUCAGAAAUCUAA